AGCCAUUUCGAUUCAAGACCCAGACAGUUGCUCGCGGGAGUCGCAAGUUCUCAGGUACUCGCCUGCCACCUUCAAGUCUCCCAGCUGCGAUGUCUGGAUCGUACAGCCCGACCUUCUUCAUGCACUUCCCCAAGUACCACGCGCCGCACUUGAAGCCCGGGGAGGAGGCGAAGGACCCUGGUGACGAGAUGAAGCCCAAGUGCCUCGCGGCGUGCAGCAGCUGGCUCACCGAGUACAAUUCCUGCGUCCAGCGCAUCUCCAUGCGCACGGACGGCAAAGGCGAUUGCAAGGGGCAGUUCGAGGAGCUGAGCCAGUGCCAGGACCACUGCGUCGCGCACGAGCUGUUCGGGCACCUGAAGUGAGGAGGGAUCGCGCGGAACGCGGCGGCGGCGCACCACGUCAUGCUAUAUGCUCCCGCGCGGGUCUGUGCGGGGGCCUCCCGCCGGCCAGCUCCUUCCCUCCCGCCACCUCCUGCCCCCCGCCUGCCUGACCCCCCUAUCGUUGCCCCUCCUUCCUGUCCGCUCUCGACGUCCUCGUCGCGGAGGAGGGCGAGGUGAGAGGCAACCGUAGUUGGCCUUCGGGGGGGCCCCUCGUCGCCGCGGCCAGAUGCGACUCAGAAAGCUCGCGCGUUUGGGCCCCAGGAAAGGUCCUGGGGCCGAGUUCGAGCUGCCGUUGUCGUAGGUCGCUCUGUUUCAGACUCUCCCGCGCGGCGGGAGGUGGCUGUCGCAGCCAGUUUGGGGGGGGAGGGGCGCGGAUUGCUCUGCUCAGCGUAGCGCUACCAGAUGGGUAUGCCGCUGCGCAGUGCGCGGAUCGGCUUGUGCGCGCCGCUCCGAGAGCGCUUGACUGGGGUGCCGCGUUCCAAAUGUGGCACGUAUCAUAUGAUGACAGGAUGCCAGACAACAAAAAGAGUCACACGGACGAAGUGCGGCUCGUGUUCAAAUCGAUGUCUCGUUUGAGACGUGAUGGCAUCCCAGCAGUUCGACGGAUCCAACAGUUCGAC